CACGCACGAUAAAAACGCAAAACCACGACAUUCUCAAACGCGAAGAACCACACUUUUGUCGCUCUUUCGCCAUAUAGAAUGAGCAGUGAUCCGGAAAAAAGUAAUAAUAAUUCCGACUUGAGACAUCAUAUCCGAUUCAACUAUUGCCGCACGCGUCCGCUGUAUCGUAAGUCGAAAAGACCCACCGCCGUAAAGGUGUACUCGGUUGCGAACGAAUCGCGGCAUUUGCUUGUGUUCGGUGUCCCCCAGAUCAACCUCGCGAAGGAAUUGAAGGACCAGCUCCGGCGGCACGGCCAUAUCCAGCUGCUGCAAAACGUCACCGACGAUAUCAAGGCUUCCGGAAGUUUUGACGUAGAAGCAUUUACAGACGUAUUCUAUGCUAAAUUCGAGAAAUUAGACAAAGCCCGUCGUGCGAAGAAAUUUUUAGACGCCAAAAACUUCUACGGAGGAAUUCUCCACAUCUCCUACGCCCCGGAACGCGAAUCUACGGCUGAUCUACGUCAGAAACUAGAACAGCGAAAAAGGGAAGUCGAGUAUCGUUUACAUACGAAUCAAUCGGUUCCAAAAAGACCCGUAAGUUCGGAACCAAAAGCACUUAUUGGUCCAAUGCCGCCGAAACGGUCGAGAAAGAUUUGAACAGGAAAAAGGAUUGAAACUGGCAACAAAGUUACCAAACAAUAGAAGAAUCUGACAUAACAACAACAAUUUUUCGUGCCUGGCGUCAAAACCGCCAUUGAUGAUUUAUUGUGCUCAAACUAGUUACAAACAAUAGUCAUGAAAAUCCCAAAAGAGGUUCAGUGUCGAACAUGCGGACAGGUGUUUUGCUGUGCGAAAUGUCGACAAAAGCACGAAGACAAAUCCCACCAGGAGGUGCAAGCCAUACGACAAAUUUGCUACAUUUGCAACAAUCGGCCGUUCCCGCUGCGAACUGAUACCAAGAUAACAACAAGCAAUGUACUGAUCCAACACCUGAUGACCGAGCACUUGCCGCUGCGUUGCAAUCGGUGCUCAAAGGUGUUUCUCACUAUUUCGGAUUUCAAAGCCAUUGUACGAUGCACGCCUUUCGGAGAGAACAAUGCCAACGGUGUAGGUCAUGCUUGCAGCUUGGAGCACAGCCCAAAUAUACCCACCAUUAUGGAAACGCCUGUUGAAAACUACGGCGAAGUGGACAACAAGGAGAACAUUGACGAAAACGGAAGUUUAUCGGAUCAAUCAAGUGCCAAUCGGAGUGACAAGUUGCGCCCAGCGACGGCAAUCAAAGCCAAAGCACCUCCUGCGAAUGUAUUAAAAGGACCAAAAAUAUCUGAAGAACUACUCGCGAUAACGGAUCCCAAUGAGCAGAUCGAAGAACCAAAUGAAGCCCUUUUGACACCGCUAUCGAAAAUCAAUCUGCGAUGGAAGCGUAAGAGUCAAACCUUCGAUAGCUUGAAUGGUUCCAGUAAUUUGUCCGCAUUCAAUACGUCUGAGGUUCCUAACAGUGCAAGACAGAAGCUGGCUCGUACAACUUCAACGCCAAUGAUGCAUGGAUAUGGUCCUAACGCCAAAUGCUCCAACGACUCGUAUUCCAGUGCCCUGGGACAAAUGUCUAGCAUCCACCACAGCGCCAGUGAAUCCUCGUAUGUCAAGAACGAUGACCACACGCCAAUUUCCCCGGCAUCCUAUGAACUGGAAAAAGUUCGAGCCAUUAUAAAAAGUCGCUCCAAAGUGGCUGCCACACCGCUCCGUCAGGUCAUGUCCAAGAGCAUUCAACGAGCGAUAGCACAGCAUGGUCGCUACACGAAAAUGGUGGCACCAGGAACUCAGCGAAAAAUGAGCUUCAAUUCAACGGGGAGUAGUGCAACGAAUAGUACCGUAGGAUCUCCAUCCCGAAACGCACUGGAUCUCCGAACAACUCCGGUGCUGAAAAGAUCCUCCAGUGAGACCUGCGUUGGAGGUCGGAAAAGUGCCAAAGUAAGCUACCUCCAAAAAGCUCAAAGCGAAGAGUCUGGCCUGUACCAACCGUGUGACAUGACUGAGUCCCAAUAUUUCGACGCACACCAAAGCGAAACAUCAUUUGAAGAGGAUGGCAGUGUGAAUCAGGAAAAUUGUAGCAAUCACAAAAUCGACGAGCAGAGUUUGAUAGCCAACGAGCUGGUAAAUCUCAAAGCCUUCCCCAGCUACUACUAUCAGGACACCCCGAAAAUAGCUGGUGGUAUACUCAAAAAAGUUAUAUCGUUCACUACGCCAGAAAUGACCCGAAUUGGUGAGCACGAACCCGAUCCAAACGAAUCUUCAGAUCUUUGGGCUACGCCAUGUUCUGUCCCACCGCGAAGUUUCAGUUGCUCGGCACUCCAAGAAACGGGCCUAAAUUCGUUCGUAGCCGAAACCAGCUGCGACGACGUAUUCCUACCUCCAACUAGAUCCAAAUCCUAUAGCAAAUUGAAAGCGGAUCCCGCCAACACAAUACCGAACACUGGUAAGCUGUGGACCAUAGUAUCGAAUGUUAUCAGACUAGCGUCCCGGUCGGAUGUCCGCGACGAGUUGGGCACCGAAAGUUCCGAAUACUCCAGUGCAUCGGACAGUGGCGGAGGGUCUACUUUCCCAACGAGUCUGGUGCGGAAAGCGACUUCCUUUGCUGGAUUUCUAAGAAACCGACUCCCGGGACGACAACACCAAACUAGUACCUCACCCGAAAUGGACGAGCUUCCAUCGCCUUACCGUUCGGGAGCAUCGGACGGUAGCACCAAACGAAGACGAACCAACUCCGUGUACACCAGACCGUCUUGCGAAACCGUUGCGACGCGCCCCAUCUCGAGCCCAUUGGCCAAGAGAAAGCGCAUCCAGGGAAGGCAACCGAUUGAACGCAUGCGAAAUAGUAGCCGUGGAAGCAGUGGAAGCGAUUUUUAAUCAACGGGCACCAGAGGCAAUCCUAAUCUACAAACUUUACUUACUGUUCUUUCAAAUGUCAGUCAAAGUAGAACCUAUUAAGUCUAACAGUAAAAUUUUCAAAAUGUAUAUUCUUGUGCAAGUAUCUGUGUAUUGCGUACGAGACAUUCAUUUUUUCUCAUUUGGUGCCAUAAUGUCAGCAUAUGAUACAAAUAAAUACAGUAAAAAAUUAUAA